AUGAUACAAGUAGCUGGAGCCGUCGCAAUUGCUGCCUGCCCUCCGGGCCCGAAUAUCCAGAUCAAGGUCGGUAGGGCAGAUGUGGACACCGCGAAUGCAGCGGGGCAGAUCCCAUCACCAGCCAGCAACGCAUCCGUGAUCAUUGCUCAAUUCGCUGCCAAAGGAUUUGACAGCGGUGAGCUGGUCGCGCUUGUCGGCUCGCACAGCGCUGGCAAGAACCUCACCGGAACGCAGUUUGACACGACGCCCGGGAACCUGGACAGCACGACCUUCUACACCGAGGUCCUCGACGAUGAACAACCAGCGACUUUGUUCAGUGACCAGUCACUUGCUACCGACGAGGCCACGAGUGCUGACUGGAAAGAAUAUGCCGGUAGUCAAGAUGCAUGGAACACUGACUUUUCGGCAGCUAUGGAGAAGAUGGCUGUCUUGGGAGUCGAUGAGUCUACACUGAUAGACUGCACAAAUUUGGUGUUCUCAGCCAUUUCUGCAUGA